AUGGCUUGCCACCUCCGAUCUGCCAGCGUGCCUUCCAGCCCUCUCUCGGAUGGAACAGACGUCCAAGAUCGGCUGCGGAGCCUGAAGGCGGCCAUGUCUUUGCCCUCUGUGACAAUCCAGAUAGUGUGUGGUGCUCUGACAGAGCUCGUGAGCAUAUACAGCUGCAUUGACGAGCUCACGUGCUCGACCAGCAGCAGUCAGACUCAGCAGAGGAAAUCUCUGGAGGACGAGCUUGAGCGCUCUCUCAUGCUGCUAGACCUCUGCAGCUCCAGGCAGGAGAUCUUCGCGGAGCUCAGGACGAGUGUCCAGGAGGUGCAACUAUCCCUCAAGAGAGUGGAUGGCACGGCAGUCCACACCAAAGUUCAGUCUUACGCCCGCUUGUCCAGAAAGGCUCAGAGGCUGUGCAAAAGGAUCAGCAGCAUGGUUGCCUCUGACAUGGAGGGAUGCAGCGCCAUCAAGAUGACAGCUGAAGCGAGAGACAUUGCCAUCGUGAUACUCAAGUCGACGUUGCAUCUCUUUUUGAAGCAGAUUACAAUACCGAAAUUUUCUAGUAGCUGGUCUCUUGUAUCCAAGGCGUUCCAGAAGAAGAGAUUUGCGUGAGAUGAGGGGCAGUUGCAGGAGUUGCACAUCACUGAUCU